CAUGGAACUCGCUCUCUGUUAACUCCUUCAGCUGCUUCGUUCUUUGAUUCUUCUUCCUUUUCCUCUCUUCUCUCUCAGUCAGAUCAGUCUUUGAAAUCUGAGCGCUUCUCCGAUCUCCCACAAUGUCCGCACCCGCCGAAGAGCCUCCCUCCCAAAACGGACUCCAACCCGACCCGACUACAAAUCCCGACCCCCAACCCGAACCACAGACAGUCGUCCGGUCCGAAUCCGCGCCAGAACCGUCGCAACAGCCUCGAGCUCGACCGGAGCCAGUUCCAGAGCCCGAGGCUCAGCCGGAGCCUGAAACUAAACCGGAAUCACGAGCUCCACCCGAACCGGUGGUGAUCGACUCUGCAGAUCCGGCGGUGGAGGAAGCCAAAGAAACCACGGCGGUGCCGAUCGAGUCCAGUUCGCAAGGGACUGCAAAACCUGAGCUGAAGAAAGACGAAGGGAGCCGUACAUUCACAAUGAGAGAGCUGCUUAACGGCUUGAAGAAUGACGACGCUGCUAACGAGUCUAGCUCUCCGUACAGUCACAGUGAAGGAACGCCGCGUCAGCAACAGCAACAAGAGCAGAACAAUGCUGCAAUGGAGUUGAUCAAUAGUGUCACUGGCACCGAUGAUGAUGGAAGAUCUCGCCAGCGCGUUCUUACUUUUGCUGCCAAGAGGUAUGCUAGUGCUAUAGAGAGGAAUCCAGAUGAUUAUGAUGCACUAUACAAUUGGGCGCUGGUUCUUCAGGAAAGUGCGGACAACGUUAGUCCUGAUUCUACGUCUCCUUCUAAAGAUGCUUUGCUUGAGGAGGCUUGCAAAAAAUAUGAUGAGGCUACCCAUCUGUGCCCUACACUUCAUGACGCCUUCUAUAAUUGGGCCAUAGCAAUCUCUGAUCGAGCGAAAAUGCGUGGUCGUACAAAGGAAGCUGAAGAACUAUGGAAGCUGGCUACGAAAAAUUAUGAGAAAGCUGUCUUGCUGAACUGGAACAGUCCCCAGGCUCUUAACAACUGGGGACUUGCUCUGCAGGAACUUAGUGCAAUUGUUCCUGCACGAGAAAAGCAAUCGAUUGUAAAAAGUGCAAUCAGUAAGUUCCGGGCAGCUAUUCAGUUGCAAUUUGAUUUCCAUCGAGCAAUUUACAACCUUGGAACUGUAUUGUAUGGAUUGGCAGAGGAUACACUAAGAACUGGGGGAUCUGGAAAUCCCAAAGAAGUUUCACCUAAUGAGUUAUACAGUCAAUCAGCUAUCUACAUUGCAGCUGCUCAUGCUCUGAAACCAAAUUACAAUGUUUACACUAGUGCUCUGCGGCUGGUGAGAUCCAUGCUUCCUCUGCCAUAUCUUAAAGUCGGAUAUCUUACUGCACCACCAGUAGGGAAACCAAUUGCACCUCAUAGUGAUUGGAAACGAUCACAAUUUAUUUUGAACCACGAAGGGCUUCAACAGCAGGUCAGCAAAGGUGACCAAAAGCUAGUACCCCCUAGCGGCUCUGGAAGAUCAGGAGAUACAGCUAUAAAAAUUAAUAUUCCAGAUAUUGUUUCUGUUUCAGCAUGUGGUGAUCUGACUUUACCACCUGGUGCAGGGCUCUGCAUUGAUACAAUUCAGGGACCUCUCUAUCUGGUUGCUGAUUCAUGGGACUUCCUUGAUGGGUGGCUUGAUGCAAUCCGUCUAGUUUACACAAUUUAUGCACGAAGUAAGGGUGAUGUUCUGGCAGGUAUUAUAACAGGGUGAUUUUCUUUUCUUCUUUUCCUUUAAUUUAAUACAACCAAGCCCUUAACUUCGGAGUGAUGUAUAAUUUUUGUAACAACGGCUUGUUCAAAUAAACUAAGUAUAUUGUAAACGCUGGAUGUGUUAAUUAGAAUUUUCAUCUACA